AUGGAUGUCGAUCAGUCUCCACCACAAAACCAGCGUGGUGAGGGCAUGCAACAGUAUUAUGUGACAAAGAUAGAAGAACUACAGUUGACAGUUGCAGACAAGUCACAGAACUUGAGAAGACUUCAGGCCCAGCGUAAUGAACUAAAUGCGAAAGUUCGUAUGUUGAGAGAGGAAUUGCAACUUUUGCAAGAACAAGGGUCAUAUGUUGGAGAGGUUGUGAAACCUAUGGACAAGAAGAAAGUUCUGGUCAAGGUUCAUCCAGAGGGCAAAUUCGUCGUCGACAUUGACAAGUCGAUAGAGAUGACUGACGUAACUCCGAACUGCAGGGUUGCACUUCGUAAUGACAGUUACACACUACACAAGAUCUUGCCUAACAAGGUGGACCCGCUCGUGAGUCUGAUGAUGGUGGAGAAAGUACCUGACUCGACCUACGAGAUGGUGGGCGGCCUCGACAAGCAGAUCAAGGAGAUAAAGGAGGUCAUAGAGCUGCCAGUAAAGCAUCCCGAGCUUUUCGAAGCUCUGGGCAUUGCACAGCCCAAGGGUGUGCUGCUGUACGGACCUCCAGGGACAGGCAAGACACUGCUGGCCCGUGCCGUGGCACACCACACAGAGUGCACAUUCAUACGUGUGUCGGGCUCAGAGCUUGUGCAAAAGUUCAUUGGAGAGGGAUCGCGCAUGGUGCGGGAGCUCUUCGUCAUGGCAAGGUGAUAGUGAGGUACAGAGGACGAUGUUGGAGCUGCUUAACCAAUUGGAUGGAUUUGAGCCAACACAGAACAUCAAGGUGAUCAUGGCAACAAAUCGCAUCGACAUUCUUGACUCUGCCUUGUUGCGGCCAGGACGCAUUGACAGAAAGAUUGAGUUUCCUGCCCCAAACGAGGAGGCACGUUUAGACAUUUUAAAAAUCCAUUCCCGUAAGAUGAAUCUAACACGCGGUAUCAACCUGAGAAAGAUUGCUGAGUUGAUGCCUGGUGCGUCUGGUGCAGAAGUGAAGGGAGUUUGUACAGAAGCUGGUAUGUACGCACUGAGAGAGCGCAGGGUUCAUGUGACGCAGGAAGAUUUUGAAAUGGCUGUAUCCAAGGUGAUGCAGAAAGACAGUGAAAAGAAUAUGUCCAUCAAGAAGUUGUGGAAGUAGAGUCAGGUGGGCACUUUACUCAUACAAUGUAUUUUCGUGUAUUUAAGCUCUCAAUGGGAAGUUUUUCUUCAGCUCUGCAACGCUAUUCACUUAUGACAUGGGCUUACAUAAUAUUUGAUAAGAAAUAUUUAUCAGUUGUAAUGGCAAGAGCGUAUUCAUAUAUGGUUAUGUAUCACCAUUUCCUUCUUUAAUUUAUGUUUUGUUACAAGUAAAGAUCUCCAUGUGCAGCAAUUUUUUUGUCCGCUGACUUCAAAUAAACCAGUUUGCGAUGCGAUAAACAUGCAUAAACAGGUUUUUCCAUUGCGAUGUAAGUACGUAAAAAGUGCCCACUACCAGUUUACUAAAUGAUUAGAAAUGUGCCUGUAUGUAAACACUGAAAUAAAUGGAUAAUAAUAAAAUACGUAAACAUAUAAUAUAAA